AUGAGUAUCAUUCGUAGCGCGAUCAGAUCGAGUUUGUGUCUCCGGCCAUUGGAUCCGGUGAUAAGUCGUAGCUCUAUUCCGGUUCUUCAGGAUUGGAAGAAAUGCCUGUCUACUGUUACGGAGCAGCCUCCUUCCUCUCCUUUACCACUGCCUCCGGGAAGUUCUCCGAUCGCAGGACUUAAUAAGCCUUCGGGAGAAGGUGGGUUUUAUGGGAAAUUUUCAGGCUUCUCAAAACAUACGUUGAAGAGUGAUAUUAUGAACAUACUUGAGGGAUGUAAUCUGACACCAAAUGAUCUCAAAUUCAGCUAUAUGCGUGGUGGAAACUUAAAUCCUUCUGCAGUUUAUGUGCAGUUCCCUACCCGUUCUUCAUAUGAUAGUGCACUGCGGGCAAUCUCGAGGAAGGGAAAGCUAUAUAAAUUAGAAAGGGCUGCUCGUUCCCAGUGGGAUCCCAUUGUUCCUUAUGACGGGAAAGUGGUUGCACUACAUGGGCUUCCGCCGAAUGCUAUUAUAGAUGACAUAGAUAGGUUCUUAUCCGGCUGUCUCUAUUAUCCUGGAUCCAUCCAGUUCAUGACGAUUCAAGGACUCGGAAGUUCUAAGAGGGUGGCUUUGGUGCAUUUCACAUCACAGACCCAGGCAAUGAACGCAUACAUUACAAAGAACCGGAACUUCCUUCUCAACCAACGAAUCACGUUGCAAGUUCUGCAGUAA